AUGUUUCCCCGUGCAAUUUUCCAUUUUCGCCAGUCAUCCUACAGCUUAGGUAGAAAUGUGCUGUCAAAUUCUAGAGUGAUCGGGAAGACUGAAACUGCCAAGACCGUGAGUACGAUUCCUGGCAGAUGUUUUGGAAGCUCCGGAAUUCUUCAGAGGGCGACCGAAAGUUUUGACGAUUUCCGAGCACGGGAAGAGAAGAAAGAGCAGGAGUAUGCAAAACAACAGACAGCUGGUUCGACUGGUACGAGUACCGGCACAGCACAUAACGACACAUUUUCAUCCACAGCGGACGACCAGGAGCCGGCCGAUCCCGCUGUGGAACGCACAAAGGCAAUGAUCCUGGAUGCAGCGCUAGAGUUUGUACAAUCACACGGCUGGUCGAAACAGGCCAUUGCAAAGGGAGCUGAAGCAGUCAACUAUCCAAGCGUUAGCCACGGGUUGUUUCCACGCGGCGGAAUAGAGCUCGUGCACCAUUUCUACAAGCAGUGCAAUCUAAAACUCAUCGACUACCUCAAGCAAGAGACGGCGGAUGUGGAAAAGGUUCCCAAUCCGUCCGAUUUUGCGCGCAAAGCGAUUGAAUUUCGACUCCGUAUGCUUGAACCGUACCUGAAGUAUUGGCCACAGGCACUCGGGCUGAUGGCGUUGCCACCGAACGCACCACACUCAUUGGCGAACGUGCUAACGCUAGUGGACGACAUUUGUUACUACGCAGGAGAUCGUUCGGUCGAUUUUAACUGGUACACACGACGCAUUGGGUUGGCGUGUAUCUACAAAACAGCGGAGCUUUACAUGUUGCAGGAUACUUCGGUUGGGUUUGAAAAAACGUGGAAAUUUCUCGAACGUCGCAUGGAAGAGGCUAGCUUGGUGCACGAAUUUCUGGUCAAAUCCGAAGAUGCCACGCAUCACCUGCAGAAUGCCGUUGGUUCGGCCUUCACCACGGCACGAAACAUUCUGGGGCUAAACUUUGAUCGUCGAUGA